AUGCUGAAACCGCCUAUGAAGCCACAGUCUGCACAACGCAUUCCUCGCACAGCCCUUGUCGAUGUGAGCAACCGCGAUCAGCUUGCACAGCCUGCUCCAAACGUUGCUCUUCCUGACGCGUACAGCAAACCAGCGGCCACCAUGCCUGCCUCGAUGCCCCCACCACCGCGGCGCUCGACUGCUGUGGUGGAGCUGGGACCGACGACGACCACCGCGGCGCAUGGCGUAACGUACUUGCCAGCUCGAUCGUCCUACAUGGCCGCUUCGUACACAGCUAGCAAGGAGAGCAAGACGCCUACCGAGCCUGCGAGUCGCAUGUCGCUGCCCCCACCCGUGGUCCCAGCGACGGCCUCGUCUACGGCACCUGCGCGAACUGAUUUGCCCACGGCACAGGAUGUAUCGAUGACGAUGGACACGUCUCAUCCUUCUGGCCUCACAGAUGUGACGCCAGACGACUUGCCUGUAUCUCAGUCCUCGGCCAGCUUGCGCUCAGAUGAUACCGAGGCGCUGGCGGAUAUCGAGCUUGAUCUCGACCCACAAGGCAUCGUGACGUUGACACUGGAAGAGGAGCUGGUGGAACAGCGUCGUGUGAUGGACAUCUGCGACAAGUACGAAAUGUCGGUCUUGGUCCCGCAAGCGCUCGCCGCGCAGGCGGUGCGUCAAUCGCUCGUCCGCCAAGGCCAAAUGGAUGCCCAAGCCGCCGCGCAUGACGACGAAAUGAUGCGUCUCGGCCUCGACACCGAAGAGGCGCGCGAUCUGUCCAUGGUGGCCGAGUACACGCAAGAAAUCUUUGACUAUAUGGCAUGCCUGGAACGUGAGUCUAUGGCGAACCCCAACUACAUGGACUUCCAGGACGAAAUUCAAUGGCAUAUGCGUGCUACGUUAAUUGAUUGGCUCCUGCAAGUGCACAUGCGUUACCACAUGCUCCCAGAAACGCUGUGGAUUGCUGUGAAUUUGGUGGACCGCUUCCUAAGCGCCCGCAUCGUGAGCCUUGCGAAGCUCCAGCUUGUAGGCGUUACCGCCAUGUUCAUCGCGGCCAAGUACGAAGAAAUUCUCGCCCCGAGUGUGGAGGAAUUUGUGUUUAUGACCGACGGCGGCUAUUCCCGCGAAGAGAUCUUAAAGGGCGAGCGGAUUGUUUUGUCGACGCUCGAGUUUAAUGUAUCCACGUACUGCUCGCCCUACUCAUGGGUUCGCCGGAUCUCCAAAGCCGACGAUUAUGAUAUCCAGACACGCACACUGUGCAAGUGUUUGAUGGAAGUAACGCUUUUGAAUCAUUUGUUCUUACGUAUCCGCCCCAGCAUGGUGGCAGCUAUUGGCAUGUAUGUAUCGAAACGCAUGCUGGGCGGCGUAUGGGACGAUGCUUUUGUGUAUUAUUCGCGCUUUACUGAGACGCAGCUUCUUCCUGGUGCCAAUAUCCUGCUGGAGAAGCUUAUGGAGCCUGGCUUUGAGGAGCAGUUUGUGUACAAAAAGUACGCCAGCAAAAAAUUCCUCAAGGCGAGUAUUUACGCACGAAACUGGGCGCUGCGUCACCGGACCUUGCACCCGGCGCCCUCGGACCCUGCCCUGUGA